AAACUGCAAAGAAGAAAAACAGAAGACGACAACGAAGGAAGAAGAAAAAGCAGCCGCAAGGAUAAAAGCAGGGGACUCGUAAUCGGUCAAUAGUAGGAUCACUUGACACAAUGGGGCGUCACUUUGGAGACUUGGCUAAGAUAAGACACAUAAUUACUUACAGCAUUUCACCGUUUGAGCAGAGGGCUUUCGCAAACUACUUUUCAAAGGGAAUCCCCAACGUUUGGCGACGAUUUUCUUCAUCUGUCUUCAAAGUUGCACCGCCCAUGAUUUUGAUGUACCUCACAUACACAUGGGGCAAUCAUGUUCACGAGCAGAGCAAGAGGAAAAAUCCUGCAGACUGAGAAUGAGUGAACCAUGUCAACGUUUUUGUUGUGUGUAACUUCUAAAUAAAAGCAAUGGUAUCAAGUGAAA